ACAAAUAUUCAUUCAUUCUAUACACUUUCAUUAUUUCUUUUACAUCCUUGUUCAAUCUCUCCUGUUUAAACAAUAUGGGUAUCAAUUAUCCAACAAUGGUGCUCUCGUUGAGAGGUUUGCACACAAUCAAGUGAGAAAACCUCCCAAAAAAACCAAAAAUUCAUCCAAAAUGAAGAAAUCAGUCAAAAAUCAUUCUGAAAAUCAAAAAAUAAUUAAGAAAUCUGGAAAAUCCAGAUCCGGGAAGGAGGAUGUAGCUGCCAAGAACACAUUCGCCGGAUGCUGCCACCAGCCAUUCCCCGCACAACUUCAGCUCUUGUUUACGCCGUUGGUUCAGUAUCGUGGUUGCCCGAGGUUAUUGCGGACAGAGCAACGAAGGUCCUUGCGAACCGGUGGCCUAGAGCACCCCGCGACCUGAGGUUUCGUUCAGAUCUGAACUCCCUGGUCAGUAGAGUUGGUCAAUCGGAACAGUCACAGCCUCCUAAGGCGUCACUCGAAGCUUCUGGUCGCAGCUUGCUCUUCAUCUUGCUGGCCUUCGCUUGUUUUCACCAUUAAUGGCCGCCUUGGAGCUCCUGAGAGCAACGAAGAUCUGGUCGCAGCGCCGUCUCAACGCCAUCUCAGCGGUCGCAGCGCCGCCUCAAUGCCUUCUCUUGCCUUGCUCCUGGUCGCAGCGCUGUCUCAAUGAUCUGUUGCAGUAGCUCGAUGGUCUUCGUCCGCCAUUAAUGGCUGUGUGAGAGCUCUCUAUUCACGACCCAGGCAACAGCAACAUCAAUGGUUUCUUCUCCCUCUCUGACAACAAUCAUGAAUGGGCGCAAUCUCCUCCAUCCAGCCUCGUCGACCGGGAGUCGUCUCUCUUGAGCCUCCAUUUCCGGCGGCCGUAGAUCUCAAGUUUUGGGGGGUUCGGACGUACAGAGGCUGGAGUAAAAGGCCAUGGAUGUUUUGGGUCAAGUAGCAACAGUGGGUUGGAUCACCUUGUGCUCAAAUCCAGCUCUACAACGGGCCAAUUUCAGCAACACAGUCAAUCUCAGCCCAUUAAUUUCAGCCCACUUCAAAAAGAUAAGUAUAUUUAAUUUUAAUAUUAUUUGUAUUUAAUUAAAUCAUUUUUUUGUCGGUUAAAUAUCACACUAUCACGCACUUAUCAAAUGCCUAGUAGAGUGUGGCUUGAGACCCAUCACUAGGAUUUAAAGCCCUGAUCACGAUCAGGCACAAAGCCCCGACGGGCACUAAGACAAAGCCCCGACCAAGUCGGGCACGAAGACCGGUCUUAGUCAUUCCUCGAGUGGCGACCGUUUCUUACAAAUGGCUCACACAUCCAUUCGACUAAGUAUUUUAUCAUUACAUUAACAAUUCACAUCUCCACUUGUUUCAAGUGAUGAACUCCCGAUCAAGAACAUAAAUCCCAAGGAAAAAAUUUAUAUGUAUGUUAAAUGUGUAGGUACAAAGAUGACUUUACUCAUUUUCACCUCGUCUCCACUCGCCUCAAAGUGUUGGGACUGAGGGACUGAGGGGUCAGAGUUUCUAGAUGAGGAGAAAAUAUCACGCAUGAGCAGGAACGAGAGAUGAGUCAGAUGAAGACGGGUUGAGCUAGACAAAAGUGAUUAUGCCGGAGGGGGCCUGCCUUCCUUAUUUCAUGUUGGGGGCGCUAGGUGUACUCUUUUUCCCUUUAUUAGGAUUUUCCCACUGGGUUUUUUCCUAGUAAAGGUUUUUAACGAGACACCUCCCAUCAUGGACAAGGGUGGUGGUCCCCCGACCGAAAAGGAAGAAACCAAAGACAGAAGAACGUUGCAGAUUCAGUUUGGAUUACUCCCUUUCGCCUCGAGUACUCUCAAUUCAGGGAGUGGGGGACUCCUGAUGGAGUAUAUGGACUCUGACCCCCCGGUAUGUCGACUACUGGGCCUGGACAGCGGCCCACACACGUUUAGCGGAUUCAUAUUAUUGUACAUUAUUAUUAUUAAGAUGUUCUAGAUUAGCUUUUUAUACUAUCAGUCCAUUUAUAUAAUCGAGUCUGUCAGGCCCAUAUUAGAGGCUCAGACCCGGAUUUUCCCUAUAUAUACUCCUUAUAGGAGGCUUGUAAACCAUAACAAAUAUUCAUUCAUUCUAUACACUUUCAUUAUUUCUUCUACA